ACAUUUUCGGCGGCUAGCUUAAGGUUGUUGGGUAUUGGAUAUUGUGUGGUUGUGAACUGUCCGAGUGUCAGUAACGCUUGAUUGUAUCCUGCUAAAUAAAAUGCCGGAUAGCAAUGUUGCUAACGGAGUCGUGUUGUCAGAUAAACCAGACAAGUUUAUUGAUAAAAUCGGUCAGUUAGUUUGCAUCCAUCUAGCUUGCUUUAGAUCCUGAGGAUCCAGAGUAUCAGAAAAGUUUAAUGCGCCCUGCUUGCAUAAAAGAAGAUGUAAAUCUGAUGAUUCAACGACAGCGCGUGUCCGGCAUACUGAAGUCGGAUGCUUUUCGACGAGAACUGGAGGAGGUUAUACGUUCUCAGUGUCCAUCUGGUGACUAUCCUGGCAUGAGCACUAGUCUUCUGUCUCUGCAACACAUAUCAGAUUUAUUCAAUUCUGCCCCCUCUGGAAAACCUCUUGGUGGGGGUGGAUUUGCAAGAGGGCAUCGUAAUGGUGUUAUUCCGAUAAAUGACUUGCGUGGUGGUGACGCGACUGUUUAUUCUCGACGUGAACGUUCUCUCCGUUGCAAACUAGCAUCGGUAUAUCGCUUAAUAGAUCUUUUCGGAUGGAAUUCGAGUAUAUACAAUCAUGUGACUGUGUGUGUUAGUCGCAAUCAUGAACAUUAUUUGGUUAAUCCUUUCGGAUUGCUUUAUCAUGAAAUUACUGCUUCGUCUCUCAUCAAGGUCGAUUCCAAAGGCCAGAUACUUGAUCCAGGAUCUACCAUUUUAGGUGUAAAUCAAGUAACAUGGGCCUUACAUUCAGCUGUUCAUUCAGCUCGGGCUGAUAUCCGAUGCAUUAUACACUUGGAUACCCCUUCUACUGUUGCAAUAUCUUGUAUGAAAUCGGGUUUGUUGCCUCUUUGUAAUGAAGCAAUGAUUUUGGGCGAAGUGGCUUAUUAUACUCCUAGCGGUGGAUUAAGCUGUAGAACUAACGCUGACGCUAACGGAGAUUUCGGUGAUAUUAAAGAUUGGGCAGCUGAAUGUGCAACAGUCAGUGAAGCUUUAGGUCCAACUGCUCGUAUAUUAUUUCUUCGAAGUCUUGGAUUACUUGCCUUAGGUGAAACGAUCGAGGAGGCAUGGCAUUAUGCAACUAAUGCAAUAGUUGCAUGUGAUACUCAGCUCUUAUUGGCCUCAGUCAGUACCGAAAAUCUCAUUCUCCCUACAGACAAACUAAAGCAAAAAACUUAUGAAACAUGGCGUACAGCUGGAUUAGGCGGUCUUAGUGGUCCAGAAGCUGCACUAGCUAUGCGACUAUCUUCGCCUAAUAAGUCUGGUACUAGUGAAGCAGGACAAAAUUCAGUAACAAAUGGUUUCAUCUCAGAUGGUUCAAAUGUGGAAAGUAAUUCGGCCAGGCCAUGGCGCUUAGGUGAACUUGAAUUCGAAGCUAUGAUGCGUCAUUUAGAUAACGCUGGGUGUCGUACAGGCCAUCUUUAUCGGCAGGAGGCUAUGGCGAGCCCACAUCGAUCACGAAGAAGUAAAGUCGUGAAUGGACACGGUGGGGCUGGUCGUCAGGACGAUGAUAUACAAGUUCCACCAUCUGCUUCGUCUGUAACUGCUACAAUGGCUUAUUAUUAUGAUGACGGAGUUCUUUCGGGCGAUGAAACGGAAACACCUAGACCAUCAACUCUUAGGCGCGAGUUUUCGGAGAAGCAAUGGUUUAACACACCAAACAAAUACACUAAAGAAAUAAUUGAACCUGCUCCAGGCCAUCAACCAGUUCCGCAUUGGGUUUGUGAACGUGAAGCAGCUGUUCACAAUGCUGUUUGUAAUGGUGCUCUACCUCCUCCGGCACCAUUUCAUCCUUUAACUCAUGGGGCAGUACCACUUGGUUCAACUGGUGGGCCGGCAACAGGGACUUCGUCAGUCAUGUCACCCUACAAUGUAUUUGCUCCUCAAGGUUCUAAUCCAAAAGAAUAUCGCGAGCAGCAAAAGAAAGUCAAGGCGAAGUAUUAUCAUGAUACAAAUACUGCUGGACCUCAAUCUCGACUGUUGGAUGGUCUCACAUGGGAUGAAGCUCGACGAGUUCGUGACGAAGGUUUAGUCAAAGUUUUAGGUCCGAGAGCCGCCGCUCUAGUGGCCGGUGGUGUUACUAGUGAAAUGCCUGUAGCUGCAGCUAGUAAGGCAAUUAUCCAACGUGAUAUACGAAAUGCAGCAGUGAUAUAUGAUGGUCUUUAUUCUCAUCAAAAUCCAUUCGAAAAAAUUACCGAUGAAGAAUUAGAGAUGUAUCGACGUGAAAUUGAACUUAAAAAUAAUCCUGAUUUAGCUGCCGAGAUGGAUCAACAUCUUACCGGACAGAAUGCAUCUUUUGAAGCACCUAGUUCUACUACACAUCUUAUAGAUUCGUUAGCCGUCGAUAGUGGUGCUACGGAUCUUGAAAGUGCCAGCGAACUUGGUCCAAGUAAUUGUUUUAUUGGUUCUCUUUUCAAAUUUAGGGGCACGAGUUUUUCUUCCAUGAACAUGCAUAAAAAAGUAUAAGUUAAGCGAUCAAAUCCAUUCAGAUUUUUGAAAAUAAAUUUCAGAAAAACCUUUGCGUCAGAAUAUUUAUAGAUAUUUAUUCUUUGCUUCUCUAAAUUAUUAUAACAUUUAGUAACAUCUGUCUUAAAUUUGUUUAUUUAACAAACAUCAGUCCUUAGCCUUUUCAAAAUUGUUUGUUCAGUCAAUCAAAUUGAUUACUUGAAGAAAUGUGUAACAUGUGAAAAUUCCCUGAAUUCCUAUCAAGAUUUAUUCUCUUUCAUUUAAACCAGUUUUUAACCAAUAAAAAUAAUUAGGAAUUUUUAUGAAAUUAGUGUAGUAAAUGGUAGAUGUUUCUUUUUGCUACCUUAUUCAAUCAAUUAUGAUUUUUUUCUACACUGCAAGUGACCGGAUAACCCCUUCUCCAUAAAAAAUAUCUUGUUUACAAACGUGUUGUCAAGGUGUAAGUAAAGCUAUCUUGUUAAACAAUAUUCAUCCUACUCAUGAUGAGUUAGUUUUUACAGCUAAAUUCAUAGGUCCAUCUAAGCUUGACAACAGUGUACGACUGUUUCGUUCUAGUAUGGGACUCCUGAGCAGUGCACAUCUGCGAUCCUGCACGCGGGACUUGACCCCAGGAUUCAAUUGCCAUAAGCCUUAACAUAUGAAUAAUUACUGUUCGUCGCUACAUUUCGCUCUUUCUUCCCUAGCGUAAACUAUGUAAACGAUUUGUUUUAUUUCAUGUAGUGUUCUUUAUAUAUAGUGACUUUUAAAUAAAAAGAUAAAGUUGAUAUUUUGAUCCUUCAUUUACAUUAAACAUCAAUGGUUUAAGGGAUUCUUUUUUGGUUUAUUGUUACGCCAUCAUCGUAUAACCCCUUUCCAUGAAUAUAAAUUUGCAACAUGUCACCCCCCACCCGACAGCCGUUUAGGUUAAACAUUUAAAUCCAUGUAAAAUUAUUACCUCAUUUAUUUGAUAUGUACAUGAGAAUGAUUUUAAGCUUUGUGGUGUGUUAUAAGUGCAUGCUUGUAGCAGUUUCAAUUAUCACUUAUUAAUUAUUUUAUCUUUUUCAUUUAUAACGAUAAAUUCUUGUAUAUAUAUGACUUAAAAUUAGCAUGAAGAUUGACUUAUUUAAUAUUUGCUUCACAUUUGAAUAAAAUUUUUAACGAAUCUGUUUGGUUAACUGGCACGUGUUUCCGUUAUUGAUCUAUAUAAUAAUAAGAUUAUUGCAUACGUUUACUAUUGAUAAUAAUUGUUCAAUAUGUGUAUUACUGAUCUGAUGGUAUACUUUUUGUUUUCUCUUUGUUUCUUCUUAACUCGUUUACCUGCUUGCCUGCAUGCCAUUCUCCUCUCCCAACCCCUCUAAUUCUUCAUUGUUCGUUCGUUCAAUCGGAAAUAUAAAUUUAUUCAUUUGCUGGUAAUAAUAUAUUCUACCGAUUGGUGUGUAUUUUAUCCUUGGUGAAAUGAUUUCAGCUAUUCAUUCAUUAUCUGAAUUAUCUCCGUCUGUACAUAAUGCAAGAGUUGGAGAGAUUCGUCAUUCGGAGACGUACCCAAUCGACAGUCCAGUUACUGGUCGGUUAAAAAAUUCAUACAAUAAUUUGUUUUUUUAAUUUAGUGCUCUGCCACUUUCGUAUAUGUUACUAAUACCAUUGCUAUUGUUAUUAUUAAUAUUAUUGGUUAUUGAAAUUCCUUUACUUAAUUUUGACGCUGGAUAUCACCUAUCUGCAUCUCUGUUACAGGUCGCUUAGCACCACCACCUACGUCAGGGACACUGACAUCGGAACCGAGUGGAACUGAAGAUAUGAGUGAAAGUGAUGGUAAACACAAGAAGAAAAAACGACGCUUCAAACUUCCCUCAUUUUCUUUAAAACCUAAAGACAAAUCAAAGAGUAAAUAACAAGCUAUCUCGUUUGUGUAUGAAUAACUACCAGCUGAUUUGCAUUACGGUUCACAAUUUCGCAUCACAUCGUCGUUAAUCCUAGAAGAUAUUGAUAUAUAUAAUUAGUAAUUUCGCUUACAUUCUGCAAACACAUUUGAGAAAUCAUUCCUCUAUUGUUAAAUGUUUCUAAAAACUUAACAGAACAUCUUUAAAGUGUGAUGCGAUGUGUGGCUGUGCCUUAAAUUUCCACAUGAUUACUUGAUGCAAAUUCUUUAACCCUAAUGGGAUGAUGACUAGGGGACUAUUUUGAUUUUAAAAGAUGUGUGUAAUAACUAUUGUUGACUUGUAAGUACAAGCACAUAAUAAUUGGGUAUAUUUAAAUUAUUAUGAUUAUCUUUUUCCGAUUGUGUUUCUCCCUGUUUCCCUUCAUCAUAUGGACGUUUCACAAGGUAGUAGAAUAGACGAUGAAAAGCCGUCUUGUUUUAUUGAAUCUUUUUUUGAAUUCGCCUGUUCGUUGAUAUUGUUAUUAUUUCAGCUAAUUAAUAUGCUUCGCUUUCCCUUGAAAAAAUGACACAGUGUUUUGUUUAGGAUAUUUGAUUUUGGAAGUAAUGUAUCACUAGUUCACUUCCCCUUCCACCUGCUGUUCUGAUUUAAUCCCACUCCCAGCUUACUAUAAUGCUAACAAUUUUUAAAAUCAUAUGUAAAGUAUUAUUCUCUUGAUUUUCGACGAUAUUUAAUGUUGUCACCAUCCACAUUCUAUUUCUCAUAUUUUCUUAAUUCCUGCACUGCACUACUCCGUCCAUAUUUUCUUAUACAUAUAUCUGUCAAUGAGCCGGUAAUUACAGUUACCUGUUUUUUCAGUUGAUAUGAAUCAAACAAAAAUCUUAGAUUUUUUUGUAGCAUUUGGGGACUCAAUUUUCCAUUUCCCUAAAAAUCGACUUAUAUGCUUCUUACUGUCCACUAAUGUCUGUUGCCUUACGUUAUUCAAUAUUUUUUUCGCAUCAUUUUGUUUUACGUGUAUAGUUGUUGACAUUGCCAAGUUCACGUGUUUUCCCUCUUGCUACUUAGUUCGAUACAUAUAAUUUUAUGCUUUUUAAGUAUAUGCUCCAUUUAAUAAAUCAUAUUACAUAAAUAAGCUUUUGAAUAAACAUCCCUUUCUUAUCUGUGCUUAUGCAUAACCUGAAAUCCUGAUUUUCACUUCUUUAUUUUUCGUUUUAAUUUUACGCCAAAUUAUUUCCUCUGAAUUGUUCUUUUCGCGGUUCUUUAAACCUGAGACCCUGCAAUUGUCCCACUAAUAUACAUAUAUUUGAUGAG